AUGUGGUAUUUGUCUGUCCACACGCUGGACACAGCAAGUGGCAACGAGUAUGCUCGUCGCCGAGUGGCGCGGGAAUUGCUGGACGCGUGGCUUUCGAAGCGCCUUGAAGUUGAGGGGCGCCGGUACGAUGACACUGAGAUCACUUUGAGCGACCAGGAGAUCAAAAGCAUCCCCGGAGCAGAGUAUAUCUACGCAAUCGAUGCAAUGGGUCUCAAAGCGUGCGUUCGCCAAGGUACGACAAUUGUUGUACACCCGGACCAAGUACGACAGUGGACAAAUGCCGGAAGUGAGUUUGGCGAGAAGUUUGCUACGUUGAAAGCUGACCACGAUGCCCGCUACAUGCGCAUGCUGAAAGAUGCGAUCUCUUCUCAGGGCGGAGCUUCGGGAGCGAACCCCCCCCAGCCAGUGGCAGAUGAUGGUGAUGUUGACGGCGGCGCCACUCCUGAUGCUCCUGGUCCUACAGAUUCUGGUGAGGAUGCACCUGGACCUGUGACCUUUUCUUCUGAGCAGAAGCUCGCUGAGGUUGACCCCAUCCUGUCCCGCUGUCAAUCAGAGGUCAGUGGCAUUGAGCUCAUUCGGACCAAGUCGGGAAAAUUGUACUUGAUUUCGCAGAAAGAGCGGGUUCUUGCCAAGUGGACUUUGCUUGGAGGAUACGGAACAGGAAAGUAUGUGGCUUGUGCGGAUGGCCAGAGCGGAGUGGAACUCGUGUGGCCAGAGGGAGACCGCACACAGUGUCUCAUGGACAUGUCAUCCAUCAACGCCGAGUCGACUCAG